AAUUGGAAUUCGAUCAGACAAUUCCUCUCAUCAGGAAAAGGUAUUAAAAGAUUUGGAGUCGUACGCAUUUCAGCAAACCCUUUUGAUCUUUGUAUACAACUCAACACCUCUGAGAGCCGAAAAGGGAAAAGGAAACAACAGAAUUCACCGUUUCUCCAACAACCAUUUGUGUAUACAUUUGCUUCGCUGCAGCCAUAAUUGUGUCUCACAUUUUGAGCAUUCCAAUCGGAGAAGAGGCUCUAUUCAUAUAUAAGGAGCGAGCUGGAAGUGGAAUACCAUCUCAAGGAAGAGCUCAUUGAGAAUAAGACUCACUGGAGGUGCACUGUAUUUGAAACCAUUCCCCCAGAGGAUCUGUUAGACCACUGGGAACUCAAACACAGGGCAUACUAUUGACUGAGCAAGAUGAAUACGCUAUGGCUAUCAUCACUGGCCACCGUGCUUGUGAAAGCAAUGGGCCAGCAGCUUGACUUCCAAGGCGUGACACAACCUUCACUGAACCUCGAAUUGUUUAAUGAUGCAGAAUUUGGCAUACUGGGGAACUUUGACUCCAUCACUCCGUAUAGCUAUCUUGGUAUAUCGAAUUUCACCAACCAGAAUGGUUUGCGGAACCAACUAUACUACACAGAAGGUUCGAACGAGCAGUUUAUCACGUUAGGACAAAUCCAUGGAACUGUCUCGAGGAUAUUCCCCUUUUCCAACGAUAGUUUCCUCCUUGUGGGAGACUUUGAGAGUAUAGGAACUAGGAGCACUCCAAGUCCAUCGAUAUACAACGUGACGACGAAUGAAUUCAUACACCUGGGAAACAUCACCGACAUCAACGCAGUUCUGCUCAAUGACGACGAAAGCGUCGUGUAUAUAGGUGGUGAUUUCUCCUUCAACAACUCGUACAGUGCUGCAAUAUAUAACCUGACAUCUGGCAAACUUCAGAGUACCUUGUUUGAUGGGUUUGGUGAUGAUUCUGUUGUGAAUUCCAUAGUGAAAAUUGGCUCAAACAUUGUAUUUGGAGGUCAAUUCAACACCUUGGGACUUCCCGAGCUCAUAUCACAGUCUUUUAACGAGACUAAUAGCACCAUAGAGACUGAUCAGAUUGUGAGUCUACGACAUGCAAAUCUGUCAUCAUCAGAUGGUUCUUCCAACCCUGAAGUUCUUAUAUGUCCAGCCGGUGAAGAAUGGACAGUGAGUGGAAGCUCGGCAACCCUUAACAUUCAACUGCCAUUCACAGUGAUUCCAUCCAAGUUGAGAAUCUAUAACUCUGCGAAUGUGAAUUCUGAAAUUAGCAUGUUUCGUCUAAUCACAUCGCCUACAAAUGGUAUCAUGAACUUGACAUACGUUGAUCCACAGACUGGCGAAUUGAGCUUCUGUGAUGCUUGGUGUCCGCUUCUCUCAAGUAGUGAGCUGGUUUCUGCAUAUGAAGAUAGUGAUAGUAUUGAUCGUGUUGCUGAAUAUGGAGACUCCACUAUCAGUUGGAGUCAAUCCUACCAGGAGUUUGCGUUUGUUAACUCACUUGAUGUUGACCUGUUGAAUUUUCAGGCCUUGGAAUCAUAUGGUGAUGCUAUAGCACUUGCUGGGUUCGAGAUUUACCAAUCCAUAUUCCCAACAUAUGCGUAUGAUGUGCUCAAUGAUCCAUCCUGUGAUUCCACAGUUAGAUACUCGCAGUCCGAACUGACAGGUUCGUGGGAUGUUGUGGGUUCUUACAUGGAAACCACAGUUCAAAUAUCUGAUGAGAUCCCAGACGUUGGCGUGACAUUCCUUCCAAACAUUACAUAUGCCGGCGAUUAUUCGAUACUGAUGUAUACACCGGGAUGUGCUCAGGAUAAUACCUGUGAUACAAGAGGUAUCGUGAAUGUCACUGUUGUUGAUAUUGCGCUUGAUGAAGUAUUGGAAUCACACCUCAUAUAUCAGACUAACCAAGAGGAGAAAUACGAUUCAAUCUUCUAUGGUCAUUUAGACAAUGCUGUUAGAGUUGACAUGGUGUUAUACUCUGCUGUUGCUGGCUCGUCAACGACCGAAGUUACUGUUGUUGCUGAUAGAAUCACCACCAACAUCUUCUCAGCUGAUACUCUUCAGUCAACUAACGGGUCGAUUCCAAUCAAUGGCAUCUUUGAAUACUCUCCAAGCAAUUUUACCAACUUCAAUGCUGCCAACUUAUCAGAGACGAUAUUAGUGGGGAACACUACGCUCAACUCAUUGGGCUCAAACAUAUCUUCGGAUGCCUCAAUCCAGCUAGCACUACUAGAUGAUACUCUUUAUGUUGCUGGUGACUUCCAAUCUGACUAUGGUGAUAAUCUUUUUAGAGUGGAUAUCGAUAGUGAUGAAGAUUUGACUCCAUCCUCCUUCGACGGUGGAUUGAAUGGUCCAGUUCUGAGUCUCACAACUGCUGACAACUACUUGGUUCUUCUGGGUGAAUUUGACAGCAUGAACAACCAGACAGACGUGUCAAUCUUAUCCUCACAGAACGAUUCUCUUAGUGGAUCUGCCUUUUUCAAUGGUGAAUGGUACUCUUUUGGAUCCGACGUUGGUACUUCAUUUGCCUAUCUGAGCCUGUUUGGUGAAGAUUAUUGGCUCUUUGAAAACGAGACCUGGGAUCUUGGAGAGGAAUCUUGGUAUAUAAAUACCAAUUUGUUAUCUUUCAAUUCAACAGCAGCAUCGAGCUCUUCCAAUGUGACGCUGUUUACUGGUUCUUUAGCGACUUCUCAAAAUAAUGGCAACAUGGGUGUAUUGAUGAAUUCUGAUGGAAAUGUUAUGAAUGUUACCAAUGAUACACUCACACACAGCUCAUUCGUAACUGGCCUCUUUAUCAACGAGUCAUUAGCUGCUUAUGGUGGCCAGUUUGUCACUAGUAAUGACAUCUCCAAUCUGAUUCUGGCUACACAAGGCUCCACUGAUGGAUUGGAUAUCAAUUGGGAGGACAACUCGACUGUGACGUCUUUGUUCCAUUACCAAGAUCGGUUGUUCAUCGGCACUCAAGGAUCAGGCUCUGUUGCUCAUAAUGAUUUCGAUGGCUUAUUGAUAUACAACCUCAACAAUGAUACUUUUGAAUCUGCUGGCUCGCUAUCCAACUCGGCAGGAACUGUGGUGGUUAAUGGCCUUGGAAUUUUCAACAACACCUACCUUGUUGUUGGAGGGUCCUUUGAUUCAGCAGAUGGUACCGAUUGUUCUGGAUUCUGUUUCUACAACAUGAAUGAAACCUCUUGGACUCAGCUUAUCUCUGACUUGUCUGGUGCUGUGAAUCACUUCAGGUUUGUGAAUAACACUCUUGUUGCGUGUGGUGAUCUUGAUUUCAACGGCGAGACCCUUCACCUUUUCACGUAUGACUUUAACUUGACUACACAGGAACAGCCUGUGCACUUCAAUGAAGUUGAGCAUUCAGUGAAUACUUUUAUUCUCGUGGAUGAUUCUCUCUCGGGUAGAAUCAUUGUCGCUGGUGAUUCCUUCAUAUCUGCGUUUGAUGGCUCAUCUUGGGUAAACAUCACCGGAGACUUGGAUGGAACCAUUACUGAUAUUGCAUUAUUGGAACUUUCAGAGACAAAUAGUGCAAACGACGGAUCUUAUUUCAACUCAUCUCAAAUUCUGAUGGCGUCCGGUAACUUUACCAUUGGGGAGUAUGGAUAUGCCAAUAUGGCGCUGUUCAAUUCUACAUCGUGGAUUCCAUACGUGGUUGUUACAGCAGGCCAGUCCACAGCUACCGUUAACUCAAUAUACUUGAAUAAGGACAUUUCCAACCUGUUUAUAUCUGGAACCCUCACCAAUUCAACACGCCCAGAAACCACAAGUUCUGCUGUUCCAUCACCAACGUCUUCAACAAGCUCAGAAAGGAACUCAUCAGGUAAGAUGGACAGGGGAUUUAUAGCUCUUGUUGGUCUUGCUUGUGCCGUUGGAACUAUAGGUCUUCUUGGUAGCAUCGGUGCAAUCUUUUUGUUCAGAAAGAGAGAACAAGAAUAUAUGCCUAUCGAACCAAGAGUUAAUGAAACAGAGAUGUUGGAAACAGUUCCACCGGAAAAUCUCUUCAAACAUGUAUGAGUGACCACCUAAUAGUUUCAUUCACCUGUGACAAUAUGUAUGAUGUAUUACUGGACAAUUUCAUAAAACUAAUGCCGAUUCUUUUUUAAUUCUAUAUCAGAUCGUUUUAAGAAUCACAUGGAUAGUUUAU